UAGUCCUUCGAUAAAUUAGGAAAGUAGACAUGUCGUGGGGGAAUCGGAUAAGAGGCAAUCCUCAAAGUGUUCAAAAGCUCCUUGAUGAAAAUGCACAACUUAUUCAGGCUAUAGUGGAUUACCAAAACAAGGGAAAAGCUGCUGAAUGUAUUCAAUACCAACAACUUCUUCACAAAAAUCUCAUGUAUUUGGCCAGCCUGGCUGAUUCAACUCAGAAUAUUCAAGCUAUGAUUCCACCUGCUCCAACACCAACUGGGGUACCUAGUACCACGCCUGUCUCAGGUACAAUGGGUGUACCAAGUGGCAAUGUACCUGUCAAUAUACAGGACCGAAAGAUACUGCCAGGAACAUCUAUGGAUCAAGGUUCAACAGCGAUACACAACAUGACAUCACAAGUUAUCUCGUCAGCUGGAUCACCAAUGACAAGUACCAUGCACACGGCUCCACAGUCAAUGACCACUGUGCAAGUUGAUGGCACUGGUAACACGCCAACACCAUAUGGUGGGAAUGCUAGUAUGAGCCCUUCAGCGUUGGAUAACAGUACAACAACUGCAACAGGUUACCCAAGUAAUGUACCCAAUCAAAUGAUAGCACCAAGUAUGGGUGCCACAAAUUCGUCAAUACCAGGACAGCAGCAAAAUUACAUGCCGAACAUGCAUGCAACUCGUUUGCAGCAACAAGGACAACAGUUUAUGAUGCAGCAAGGUGUUGCAAUGGGUUACAACAGACCCCCUGUACAGAUGCAUUCGUCCCAACAAGGCCAUCCACAGCAACCAAUAAACCAACCUUAUAUCGGAAAUCAAGGACUCUCGGGCCAAUCACCCCAUGGCAUGGCACCCUACCAGCAGGGAGCACCAUCCUAUGACCCAUACCCUAUUCCACCACAUAUGAAUGCUGGAUAUAAUAACCCAUAUGUACCACAGUAGACAUGUAUAUAUAAAUAGGUUACCAUAUUUAGUUACCACAUAGACUGUUGACAGUCUUUAUUAGUUGUAUAAUUGUAUAUAAAGGGUAAUGGAUUAUUGC